AUGAAUGAUGACUUCUCAGUACUUAAGAGUGAACCUUCAGCUGAGGAAAUUGAUAGAAUAGUCACAGAGUUCAUUUCAAAGGAAAAUGCCCUGCCUACAAAGCUUCAAUUCAUAAACACAAUACUUCAGCACAUUUUACCAAUAUAUCAAAGCUUGAAGACCACCAUCAGGUUGAAAAUAAGGCGUGCUUUCCACUCUUCUAUUGGAAUUUCAAACUUGCUAAAGUUUUACUCAUUGACAAAAAAUGAAAUUUAUUUGAAAUUUAUGAAGGAUUUGCUGCUAGAUCAGACAUUGUUGGUUUCGGUAAUUGAUGCAGCCAAAGGUAAUAAAACUGAGUUAGGCCAAGUGAGGUCCCUAUUUGUUGGCAGUAAGAUCUUUCAGACCUUUGAGGGAAAGUUAGAAAUUGAGAGGUAUUUGGAUCUGGUCACAAAACAAUUGAUUGAAGCCUGUAAAGAUGAUAAAUUUGAAGUUUCAGAAUUUGUUAACCAACUUCUAUCUCUUCAUCCCAUUGAUGCUAAGUUUGUUUUCCUAAACCAAUUUUUCAAUGAUAAUUACUUCAAUUACUUGGUUCAGCUUUAUUCACGGAUGACUCAGGUUCAGAAGAAGCAAUUUCUUUGGAGAUCAUUUUUCCCUUACUUAGACAGAUAUGUUCACAACAACAACAUUGAUACAGUGACAAAGAUUUUGAAACAUUUUGUAUUCACUGAUUUCGAAGAUCAAGUGGUUAAGCACAUAGCUGAAAGCAAAAAUAUAAAUUUGCAACAGGCGAUUUCGCUUCUUGUGAAAGAUCACAAGACUGCUUUCAAAAAUCUACUAAAAAUUUGGGGAAAUGAACAAUUUAUCAAAGACCAUCCUAGUGAAUUACAAGAGGCAAAUACAAAGGAACUUUUGAUAUUAAUAAACUACAUGGAUACACAAACGAAAGGAAAUUUUUCAAAAGAUCGAACAUUUUUAGAUGCCAUCACUUCAAGAAUUUCAAGUAAUGAUAAUUUCAAUAGAGGUUUGGGUAUGAUGGUUGCCAAAAAGAUAACUAACGGUGAGAUCAACUUUGAUAUUGUGGAUGAAAUUAUUAUUGAGCCGGUUUCGAGACCAAAUUCCAGCUCAAAAAUUGAUUUCACAGACUUAAUACUUGGUGAACCACUACAAAAUCUAUCAUUGAAUACACACAAGGAAACAAAAGUUAUGGAUAGUGACGAUGAAUCAGAUAUAGAGGAGGACCAAGAAAAUGGUAACAUUGAUACGCUUUUCUUAAAAGAUUUGAUUAAAAAGUUCAACGAUGAUAAAAUUUCCAGCAUUACAAAGUUGUUGGCCCAUACAACCAAGUUGGUUAGACAAAAGGCAACUUUCAAGAUCGAAAUUGAAUUUUACAGUGAAGAGUUGAUUAGUGUCUUAAUCGGCUUGAUAAACAAGUUUGAUGAAAGUAACUUUGAGGAUUUGAAACUCAAUGCCAUAGUUAGUGUUAUUGUUGUGAAUCCAAAAAUUGUUUCCCAUACUAUGAACUUGCUCUUCACAGGGGAUUACUCUUUUCAACAGAGGAUGAUAAUAUUGAGUUCUAUAUCGCUUGCCGCAAGAGAACUGAGAGGGAUUGAUGAUGAUUUUAUUGAUAAACCAACGUAUGAUUUCCCAACAAGAAAAAUUGAACAACGUCAUCAACCCAAAAUCGAAGAAGUCCAACGUGCCAAAAUCGAAGAGAUCAAGAAUGAUUCAGAUGAGUUGAUUGGCGAAGGAACAGUCAAGAGAAUUUCAAAGAAGCUCACAGCUACCAAAGAGGCGGAGAAACCAAAUAACUUUGCCAGAUUGGCUCCAAAAUUCUUUUAUCCAUUAGCAAAUGGUUGGAUUCAAGGAAUAAAUGUUGGUACAUUCAAUGAAAUGUUUAUGAAACAUUACCUCCAGACAUUAGAGUUGGUCGUCAAGGCUGCCUAUCCUUGCCAUGAGUUUGACGAUAUGUUUGCGUUAUACAAUGAAAUUUUAGAAAAUUCACAGAGUAUAUUAAUUUAA